CCGAGGAGAGGACCGUGUGAUCCGCAUCUAAAAAGAGGAUAAUAAAUUCACAGAAGAGGGAAAGAGAAAACAGCCGAAUGCGAAAGAAAGCCCUAACCCGAAGAACACUGCUAAUCGUACCCAUCUGCACGUAGCAACCAAUUUCUAAUCAAUCUAACUGAAGCCAUGGCUGGCAGAGAAGUUCGAGAAUACACCAAUCUCACCGAUCCUAAAGAUAAAAAAUUCGGGAAAGGAAAGGGAGACAGGAUAGAUGACGAGGAAAUCACUUUCCAACGCAUGGUUUCAAAGAUGCAAGAUGUUGCUGGGGAACGUGGAGGCUACCUUCAUGGGAGAGGCGCCCUGGACAGUGAUGACUUGCUUUAUCUAAAGGAGCAGAUGGAAGCCGAGGAGGAUGCUGAACGCCUUCUGAGACGUACCGAAAAACGUGCAUUCCAAGCAUUCAAGAAAGCUGUAGCUGAUUCUUCACCAGCGUCAAUUCCCCUGCCUCUUCGUGUUGAGCCCAAGGCAAAGAGUGGGAUUAGGCAGCAAGAUUUACUUAAAAGGGUUUUAGAAGUCAAACCUAAGAAGCAGAAAGUUUCUACCGCAUCUGAUGGGAGUAAUUCCCCAGCAAGCACACAGGCUGCUCCAAGUAAUAACACUGAUUCUAAUCAGGAGAAGCAGAAAGAGACCCUGCCAGCUAGAUCAACUGACAUGGGAAAUGAAACAAAGGCAGAUAAUGCAAUGAAAAGCUUGCUAGUAGCGUAUGAGAGUUCAGAUGAAGAUUGAUUUUGUACGGAUUUAUUUUUGUAUAAUGAUGCUUAGAGCAUAAGUGUUUAAAUCAACAAAUCUCAUUAGUAGUUGUUAUGUGCCCAUUUUGAUCAAGGAUCCUUCAAUGCUCUUCUUUUUA